AUGGCUCCUCCAGCAGUUUUAAAGAAGUCCGGUGUCAUCUACGGUGAUGAUGUCAGAGACUUGUUCUUGUACGCUCAAGAAAAGGGUUUCGCUAUCCCAGCCAUUAACGUUACUUCAUCUUCCACUGUAGUUUCUGCUUUGGAAGCUGCUAGAGAUGCCAAGGCUCCUAUCAUCUUGCAAACUUCUCAAGGUGGUGCUGCUUACUUUGCCGGUAAGGGUGUUGACAACAAGGACCAAGCUGCUUCAAUUGCUGGUUCCAUUGCCGCUGCUAACUACAUCAUCUCAAUUGCUCCAACUUACGGUAUCCCAGUUGUUUUACACACCGAUCACUGUGCUAAGAAGUUAUUGCCAUGGUUCGACGGUAUGAUUGCUGCUGAUGAAGCUCACUUUGAAAAGUUUGGUACCCCAUUGUUCUCCUCUCAUAUGUUGGAUUUGUCUGAAGAAAAUGAUGACGAAAACAUUUCUACUUGUGUUAAAUACUUCACCAAGAUGGCUAAGAUGAACCAAUGGUUGGAAAUGGAAAUUGGUAUCACCGGUGGUGAAGAAGAUGGUGUUAACAACGAAAACGUUGACAAGGACUCCUUGUACACUACUCCUGAAACCGUCUUUGCUGUCUACGAAGCUUUGUCCAAGAUUUCUCCUAACUUCUCCAUUGCCGCUGCUUUCGGUAACGUUCACGGUGUCUACAAGCCAGGUAAUGUUGUCUUGUCUCCUCAAAUCUUGGGUGACCACCAAAAGUACGCUAAGGCUCAAAUCAAGUCUGCAUCUGACCACCCAUUGUUCUUAGUCUUCCACGGUGGUUCUGGUUCCACUCAAGCUGAGUUCGACACUGCUAUCUCUAACGGUGUUGUUAAGGUUAACUUGGAUACUGACUGUCAAUACGCUUACUUGACUGGUAUCCGUGACUACGUCUUGAACAAGAAGGAUUACAUCUUGUCCAUGGUUGGUAACCCAGAUGGUGAAGACAAGCCAAACAAGAAGUACUUUGACCCAAGAGUCUGGGUUAGAGAAGGUGAAAAGACUAUGACUAAGAGAAUCUCUGAAGCUUUGUCUACUUUCCACGCCAAGGGUCAAUUGUAA